CAUCAUUUAUUUUAAUUUUUUAACCUACACUAUACAUUUUUCUAACAGAAAAAAUUACCACUCCUUUUUACACAAACGAUAAAACUUUAUUUUAUGCAUGAUAAUAAAAAUUAAUUAAAUCGUGCAAAGCAAGAGUCUAAUCUAGUAAAGAACUAAAAGUGAAAAUUAUUUUCCUCAAUACAAAAAUAUAAAAAAAGAAAAAAAAUGAAAAUUACCACGUGUCACAUAGUUCUUAAAAAUUCGGUCUAAAAAAAAAUACAAUGCAAUUUUACGGGAUGUAGGGAGUAUUUUUUUUUUUAAUAGGUUUUUCAUUUUCAGCUAAAAUCUUUUAUUUAAUUUUUUUGGACAAAAAUAAAGUCAUUGUUAAACAAUUUCCUCUUUUUAUUCCUACAAAAUCAAAAAAUUACCCACAUAAAAACAUGAUUAAUUUUCAUAUUUUAAGAUUUUUUUAACCAUACCCAAUUAAUUCAAUUCUGUAAUAAAAUAAUUAUUUUCCAGAUGGGGAACACAAGCUCAGGGCCCACAACAACUAAGUCCAGUUUUUUCGAUUCAGUUACCGCCGCCGUGUGGCGUCCCCGUGCGCCGGGAAACACCCUUCCUCCUCCCGUCACCACCACCACCACCGAAAAAAAUUCCGACACCAACCUCAACACCGACAAAAAUGCCGACAAUUACAACGUUAACACCGACCAAAACUUCGACAAUAACAACGUUAGCAAUGAUCUCAUCCAAAACUCAACCCAAAAGGAAAUUACCAAUCCACCCUCCCCCAAAACACCCACCACCACCGACAAGAAACCACCACCACCACCACCCGGCACGACCCACCACGUGCGGCGGAUUUCCAGCAUGGGGUUACAACUAGAAUCUGUUCUUGGUCGGAAAACCGGCAACCUUAAAGACACCUACAUUCUGGGCAGGAAACUAGGUCAGGGUCAAUUUGGUACCACCUUCAUGUGCGUUGAGAGGAGCACAGGUAAAGAAUUUGCGUGUAAAUCGAUUGCGAAGCGGAAGCUAACAUCUAUGGAGGACAUUGAGGAUGUAAGGAGAGAAAUUCAGAUCAUGCAUCAUUUAGCAGGGAACCCUAAUGUGAUUAACAUUGUUGCCGCGUACGAGGAUGCCGUGGCGGUCCAUGUGGUUAUGGAUUUGUGUGCUGGUGGAGAGCUUUUCGAUAGGAUCAUACAACGUGGACAUUAUUCGGAACGAAAGGCGGCUGAGUUGGCAAGGGUUAUUGUUGGGGUUGUUGAGGCUUGUCAUUCUUUAGGGGUUUUGCAUAGAGAUUUGAAGCCUGAGAAUUUUUUGUUUGUUAAUAAUGAUGAGGAUUCUGCUUUGAAGACUAUUGAUUUUGGUCUUUCUGUGUUUUUUAAACCAGGUGAAACAUUUACAGAUGUAGUGGGAAGUCCGUACUAUGUGGCACCUGAAGUUUUGCGGAAACUUUAUGGUCAAGAAUGUGACGUUUGGAGUGCUGGUGUGAUCAUCUAUAUAUUGCUUAGUGGUGUGCCCCCAUUCUGGGAUGAAACGGAGCAAGGAAUAUUUGAGCAAGUUAUGAAAGGUGAUCUUGAUUUUAUAUCUGAACCAUGGCCUAGUAUCUCCGAUAGCGCUAAGGACCUGAUGAAAAAAAUGCUUGUAAGGGACCCCAAGAAGCGGCUGACAGCUCAUCAAGUUCUUUGCCAUCCUUGGGUUCAGGUUGGUGGUGUGGCUCCUGAUAAGCCUCUUGACUCUGCUGUUCUUUCUCGUUUGAAACAAUUCUCUGCCAUGAACAAGCUAAAAAAGAUAGCUAUAAGGGUUAUUGCAGAGAACCUUUCUGAAGAGGAGAUUGCAGGUCUGAAAGAAAUGUUUAAAAUGAUAGACACUGAUAAUAGCGGACAUAUUACCCUUGAGGAGCUGAAAAAGGGAUUGGAAAAAGUUGGUGCCAAUCUCAAGGAUUCUGAAAUCGUCGGGUUAAUGCAAGCAGCGGAUGUUGACAACAGCGGCACAAUAGAUUAUGGCGAGUUUCUGGCUGCAAUGCUCCAUCUAAAUAAAGUGCAAAAGGAGGAUCACCUUUUUGCUGCAUUUUCAUACUUUGAUAAAGAUGGGAGUGGCUAUAUCACUCCGGAUGAGCUCCAACAGGCUUGUGAGCAGUUCGGUUUGGGAGAUGUGCACUUGGAUGAGAUGAUCCGUGAGGUUGAUCAGGAUAAUGACGGACACAUUGACUACAGUGAAUUUGUGGCCAUGAUGCAAGACACUGGCUUUCCAUUGAGGCAAAGGGAUUGGCUCAUUUGA